GUGUCAUAUACAUAGCCUCUGGAUUUAGUUAGCUAUAUAAUAGGUCCAAGACCAUGCAAACCAUACUAAAUUUUCUCAUGUUCCUAUACUGUAACUGUCAUAAUACCAUGAGAGGAAGGCCAUACCAGCUUUGCCCAUUAUUGAUGAUCCCUUUUGUGGAAAAAGGGCAGACUUGUUAGGCUGGGUUGUAGGAGUUGUUAUGGCACGAUUAGGAAUGAAUUAUUUGUUCCGGAAAUAGGGGAAGUUAUGACUUAGAGACAAUGACGUGACUAGUAAAAACGAAAUACCAGCCGACAUAAACAGAUGCUUUAGAGAUAACCCUAAAAUCCAAUGAUUCUAUUCUCUGCUUAGAUUCUAUAACUCAUACAUCUUAUCUUAUCUUGUAUCAUGUAAUCAUCCUUCAACUAAGAUUAAAUUAUUUAUAUAUCUUAAUCUUGAGACUAGAAGAUGAUAAUUAUAAAUUCAUAUUCUUAAUUAGAAUAAUCUGACUAUCUGUGAAUGAGACAUUAAAAUUGUCUAAGUGACAAAAUCGGACGAUUUACUAAAACCCUUGAAUUAUAAUAAUGAUUAUGAGCUUAAAUGAUUACUUCAAAGCAAAGAUCGACUUAGAAAAAAGAAGAAAAAAAAGUCACAUAUCAGUAUGAAACUCACUGUAAUCCAAUUCUUUUUUUCAGCAUGUGUAUUUUAUUCUUCUGUCAAAGUGAACUUUGUUCCAGUGAUGGCUAUAAACUUAUCCUAGCCAACAAUAGAGAUGAAGCCUGGAAUAGACCAACACAGAAAGCUAAUUUUUGGAAUAAUGGUCACUGUAUCAGUGGGUUAGAUCUAAUGCAAGAUCGAGCAGGAGGAACAUGGCUUGGAAUGAAUAAAGAUGGACAAAUUGGAGCACUGCUUAAUAUUCUUGGACAGCAAGAUCACACUAAAGAAGGAAGAGGUUUUUUAGUGAGUGAUUUCAUUAGUGGAAAAAAAGACAUACAUAACUAUGCAGAAGAGAUUUUAGACAAAAAAGACAAUUACAAUGGAUUCAACUUAGUUCUGUUUGAUCUCAGUAAGCAAGAAGACUUCUUGCCAGCUAAGCCUGUAUUUGUCAGUAACACUCUGAAUUACUUCUCAUGUAUAAAUUACAGAUCCUUACCUUCUAAUACUUUUUUUGGUGUGUCAAACUCACCGUUGGAAUUUCCACUUCAGAAAGUUGUGCAAGGCAGACAAAAGUUUGGCCAGAUAGUCUCCAAAUAUCCAAAAGUGAGCACAAAAGACCUCCUUCUAGAAAACCUCUUACAACUUAUGUCUGAUAAAACACAACUUUUGCCUGACCCAGUUUUAGAAAAAGCUGGCACAAGUGUUGGCUAUAGCCCUGAUAGAAUUGGUCAACAGUCAGCAAUCAAUGUUAUUUCUCCGCAGGCAAGAUAUGGAACAAGGACCUCUACAAUUAUCCUGGUGGAUGGUGCUAAUAAUGUGGAUUAUGUGGAGAGAACUGUGGACCCAGAAAACACUGACAGUACCAUUUCAACAGUCAUUCACCAACACUUUAGUCUUUUACCUUGUGAAUAAUGACAAGGGCAUUAACUUAGAAACACGUCUGCACAUGCAUGGUCAUUCGUUGGUUGUACAAUUAACUUUGGCUUUAACCUGAUACAUGUUUCCGGCUCUAAAUUUGUGCAUUAUCAAUAAAUUAUUCAGCUUGCUUUGGA